UAGACACACAAAUUGAAGGAGCUUGACCAUUGCUUACAUUCUGCCAUUAUAAUUCAAAUUCGCACAACUCUGUUGUCUUCUCUCUGCAUCUAUCUGCCAAUCCUCGUUUGGUUAGUGGGAGAUUGUUCGAGAAAGAGAGAUGGAGCUGCAGAACACUGUGAAGGAAGCCCUAAACGCGCUUUACCACCACCCGGACGACGCCGUACGGAUGCAGGCAGAUCGCUGGCUUCAAGAUUUUCAGCGCACGAUUGACGCUUGGCAGCUAUGGAAUGAGAUUGGAUUUGGAGUGAUCUAUAGCUAUGGAAUGAGAUUGGAUUUGGAGUGGGUGGCAGAUAAUUUGCUUCAUGAUUCUGCUAGCAAUAUAGAAACUUUGAUAUUCUGCUCUCAAACUCUUAGGAGCAAGGUGCAGCGUGAUUAUGAAGAAUUACCUUCUGAGGCAUUUCGUUCAUUACGGGUUUCUUUAAAUACGUUGCUGAAGUCAUUACACAAGGGACCUCCUAAAGUUCGAACACAGAUUAGUCUUGCAGUGGCUGCAUUGGCUGUCCAUGUGCCAGCUGAAGAAUGGGGUGAUGGUGGUAUUGUAAAUUGGAUAAGAGAUGAGAUGAAUUCACAUCCUGAAUGUCUACCAAGUUUUCUGGAACUACUCAGAGUCUUACCCGAGAUCGACUACCGAUUUGAACAAUUGGACGUGCGUUUCACGGAUUGGUUUGCCGAUCUUUCACCGGGGAUCGAGGAUUUGCAUUUGACGCUUAACAACAUGGUUGUUUCGGAAUUGCAAACGAACCGCGAUGGGGCUGUGGGCCGUGGUUUUCGCGGGGGAGACAGAGGCGGCUGUGGGGGACGCAGCCAUGUCGGGGCGCCCCGGCAGCGGUCCCCGCCACCUCUGAACGGCAUCACGGACGACGACUUUACCUGUUUCGUACAUGGCGGCGACCGCGACGAUGAGGAAACCAUAGGGGCGGUUCGAUUUCGCCGCCGACAGCGGCCUGAGGAGGGUUUUCAUUUUCAAUUCCCGCCCACUCGCGCAACCCUAGAUGGCGAUUUCCGGCGAACUGCUGCAGACGGAGGGUGUCGCGGAGCUCUAGACGGUGAUUUCCGUCGGGCUUCUAAAGGCGAGGACGGCGCGCGGCGGUGGCCGCAGGAGGGGCUUCGCGCCGCUGCCGACGGCGGCGACUUCUUUGUCCACGAUUCGGCCGCUAAGGGGUUGUCCACUGCCGAGGACCACGAUUGGCGACAUCACGCGACCGGCUUUGGCGACAGCGGGGGCCACGAGGCUCGACGGGGACUACCCUGGGCAGAGGUGGUUUUUAGCGGCUCUGGAUUUCACGAUCGGCGGCGCGCGGCUGCAGGUUUCGCCAUUGACGGCGGGCGCGAUGGGCGGCGUGGCAACAGAGGAGAGGAACAAUUUCAGAGAGCAGAGGAUUGGGGCUUGGUACGCGGAUUUUGGGCGUGUGUAGGAGAUGUGUUAUGUCGUGAUUUUGGGCCUCAACAGAAGCAGCCCACCCAAGAUUUUUGGGCCUAUGAAGUAGCUGCGGAUAUUGGGCUUGUGCAGAAUGAUUCUGGCCGCAAAUUUGGUCAAUGGAUAGGCCCGUUUCGCACUGACAUUCUUGACUUUGAUGAGGCUCACGUUGACGGGCCAAUGUAUGACGGUCCGCCCAUUUUUGAUGAGGCGCAUCCGGUGACGAAUACAUCUUUUUGUCGCCAUAUGGAUCCGGCGUGGGACAUCGCAAUUGUUGAGUCUUCGAAUGAGACGCCGUCAUUCACUCCCCAUUUUUUGAGUAUUUUGGUCAACGAUGGUUUUUCGGAGCCGAAACCGAGGCUUAUUAAAUGGUUGGCUAUUUUCCGUUUAUCUAUCCCGAAGUCUCCCAACAACGGGAUGUUUGGCCCUAUUUAUGGAUUUGAGCGCGACGAACGAUGUGGUGUGUUUUGUGUUAAUUCGGUUGUGUGGGCUUUGCGUAGGGUGGCGUGUACAUGUGACUUUGCAGCAGUUGAGUCCUUGACCGAGUUUAUGUUUGCCUUCGAGGUUGUUGGCAGACCUUCAUCUUUCGUGUUUGAUCGAGGGAAAUGUCGGGGUAUUCUUGUCAUGGAGACGACUCCAACUAGAACGGGUCGGAUUCGAGGCCGAAUCCUGCUCAACCGGGGGAGAAUGGAAGUGUUCAAUUACAAAAUUUCAGUUCGUCCUGAUAGACGCCGUAGUUUCGAAAAUGAACUUGCUUCUGGAAUGGAGAUUGCUCUCAGUAUCUUAACUGCUUGCUUGAAUAUAAAUGAGCUGACAGAGCAGGUUCUUGAGGCCUUUUCUUCUUGGCUACGACUUAGGCAUAGGAUUCCAGCCUCAGCUCUUGCUUCACAUCCAUUAGUACUUACAGCUCUCUCAAGCUUGGAGAGUGACAUUCUUUCUGAGGCAUCUGUUAAUGUUAUUUCGGAAUUAAUACACUAUACAGCAGUAAGAAACCUUGAUGCAGUUGCGUCUCAGAUGCCCUUAAUUCAAGCAAUUGUACCUCGGAUUAUGAGUCUGAAAGCACAGCUUAGAGAUCCUUCCAAGGAUGAAGAGGAUGUGAAAGCCAUUGCUCGCUUAUUUGCUGACAUGGGAGAUGCAUAUGUUGAACUAAUUGCUACAGGUUCUGACGAAUCGAUGUUGAUUGUGCAAUCAUUACUUGAAGUUGCUUCACAUCCAGAAUUUGAUAUUGCUUCAAUGACCUUCAACUUCUGGCAUAGCCUUCAAGUUAUAUUAGUUGAGAGGGGUUCUUAUGUAGCAUAUGGUGGUGGAGCAUCUGUUGAAGCUGAGAAAUCUCGUCAAUUGCAGGUUUUUCGUCCAUCAUAUGAAUCACUUGUUUCCUUGGUUAGCAUCAAAGUUCAAUAUCCCCAGGAUUUUGCCGAUCUUUCAAGGGAGGAUCAGAAAGAUUUCAAGCAGACUAGAUAUGCUGUUGCAGAUGUCCUUAUUGAUGCAGCUCUAGUUUUAGGUGGUGAUUUUGCUCUAAGAAUUCUUUACAUCAAGCUUAUUGAGGCUGUUAGUAAUGGUGGACAUGGCCAGCAGACUGAUUGGCGUCCAGCAGAAGCUGCUCUGUAUAGCAUCCGGGCAAUAUCAGAUUAUGUGUCUUCUACUACUGAUGGAGAUGUGAUGCCACAGAUCAUGUCUUUGCUUCCGAAACUUCCUCAUCAACCGCAGCUGCUACAGACAGUGUGCUUGGUCAUUGGAGCGUAUUCAAAAUGGCUCGAUGGAGCACCAAGUGGAAUUUCAUUCUUGCCACCACUCAUAGACAUUCUUGUUAGCGGCAUGAGUAUAUCAGAGGACAGUGCAGCAGCAGCUGCUGUGGCAUUUCGGCAUAUUUGUGAUGACUGCAAGAAAAAGUUAUGUGGAUCGUUGGAUGGUCUAUUUCAAAUAUACCAAAGGGUGGUAACUGGAGAAGGUCCUUUCAAGAUUUCUGCUGAAGACUCGUUGCACGUGGUCGAGGCUCUAAGUAUGGUCAUCACGGAACUUCCUUCAGAACAUGCUAAGAAGGCCCUAGAGGCAUUAUGCCUGCCUGCUGUUGCUCCUUUACAGGACAUCAUUAGUCAAGGUCCUUUAGUGCUGGGGCAGAGACCUGCUCGUGAUCUCACUGUUCAUAUAGAUAGACUAGCAAAUAUAUUCAGACAUGUAAAUCAUCCAGAAGCUGUUGCCGAUGCUGUUCAAAGGCUUUGGCCAAUCUUCAAAGCAAUCUUUGAUAUUCGUUCUUGGGACAUGCGGACAAUGGAGUCUCUGUGCCGAGCAUGCAAAAAUGCUGUGAGGACCUCUAAGUCACUUAUGGGAGUUACAGUUGGUGUAAUGCUUGAGGAGAUACAAAUCUUGUACAAGCAGCAUCAGCAGCCUUGUUUUCUAUAUCUCUCUAGUGAAGUUAUUAAGAUAUUUGGGUCAGAUCCAUCUUGUACAAAUUACUUGAAACUCCUGAUUGAAUCUCUCUUCAGCCACACAACAAUUAUGCUUGCAAAGAUCCAGGACUUUGUUUCGCGGCCAGACUUGGUAGAUGAUUGCUUUUUGUUAGCAUCGAGGUGUAUACGGUAUUGCCCUCAAUUAUUCUUCCCAUCUCCCGUGUUUCCUUGUUUAGUCGACUGUUCAAUGAUCGGCAUCACUGUACAGCACAGGGAAGCCUCGAAUUCCAUAUUGAAUUUCUUGUCGGACGUUUUUGAUAUUGCAAACUCUAGUCAAGGAAAACCUUACACGUCUAUACGUGACAACGUGAUCUUCCCAAGAGGCGCUGCAAUCACCAGAAUUCUUGUGGCUGCCAUCACAGGAGCACUCCCGAGUUCGCGAUUAGAAACGGUAACAUAUGCACUGUUAGCUCUAACACGAGCCUAUGGUGUAAAAGCUUUAGAGUGGGCAAAAGAGAGUAUCUCCUUAAUUCCACCAAAUGCCAUAACAGACAUUGAAAGGUCAAAAUUUUUGCAAGCUUUAGCCGAUGCUGCCUCAGGUGCAGCCAUAAAUGGCAUAAUGAUCCCUAUUGAAGAAUUGUCUGAGGUUUGCAGACGAAAUAGAUCAGUACAGGAAAUUGUUCAAGGAACUUUGAGGCCACUCGAGCUGAAUUGACUCCCCGUUUCAUA